AUGGCGACAAAAGGAUUGGAUUUGAUUGAUUUUGUAUUUCCCAUAUUAAGGUUCAACCAUUACCAACAUGUAGUCUUCUUUGCUAGUUUUGUUUCAAUGGAAAUAUCACCUCCGUAUAUGUAUGCCCUCAUCCUCCUCGUAUUGGAAUCAAAUCACAGCCCUUCCUCCGACAUGGCGAGCAAACACGAUAACGACGACGCAAGCUCCAACGAUGUCAAGGCUAAACGUAUGUUCUACGAAGUUUUGCAAUCAAAAACAUCUAUGAUGCUUCUCUAUGCUAAGAAAACGAUUAUAGCUUCGAAAAAGUUGAACAACAAUACAAAGAUCUAUCUGGGGGUGCCGAAGAAAGUAAUUUCCUACAUAAGACACAAAUCCAUCAAGUUACGCCACCAGAUGAAAAGAACAUGA